AUGCCUUCCUGGUAUAUCAAACACAGUCCAAACACCCUUACAGCUCCCGAGAAAGAACAACUCGCCAAGUCAAUCACCAAGCUAUACGUCUCCAUUGGCCUGCCUGCAUUCUACGUCCAAGUGCACUUCAUCGAGAACAUUCCCGGUACUGCAUUCGUUGGUGGUGAACCUCACCCCAACUUUGCAGCUCUGACAAUAUAUCACAUUGCUCGAGCCUUCAAGACCGACGAAGCCAAACAAAGAUUCUUGACCGCUGUUGAUGAGAUUCUCAAUCCAUUGUUUGAGUCAAAAGGCAUGGAAUGGGAGUAUUUCAUAGCGGAAUCAUCCAGAGACUUGUGGAAGAUUAAUGGUCUGGUGCCGCCGCAGCCUGGAUCUGAGGGAGAGAAGAAAUGGGCCGAACUGAACAAGGCUGUCAAGCUCUAG